AUGGAGGUUGCCAGGCACCCCCACUAACAUGAACACAUUUACCCAGUGGAAAAGGGGUACAGGAAGUGAUGUCACGUGGGAGGCUGCACAUUGGAAAGACACACGGACAGCUGCUAUAAAACCUGACAUCAAGUCAGCGCACGGCAAGAGACAAGAGGACUUGUUGAAGAUGCACUUGUGCGGCGCUCUGCUCUUCAUCUGUCUGCUGUCCAUCAACAUGCCUGAAGGCGACGCCCACGAGCUGAGGCCACCGCAACAGCAUGAAGAUGCUUCGACGAGGUCCGGGCCCACCGCAUUAGUCCACCCGGAGGUGACCAAAACGCUCCAGCCAGAUGGUCGAGCCAAGGCGGAGAAUGAUGUCACGGAGUCCAAGAGGAAGAUGAGUUUCCUCGGGAACACGCUGGAUCGGCUGUCCAUUGGCGCCGUCAACGCCAAACAUGCGGCAAACAGGCAGAGAGUGAUUGAGUUGCCACGGCGACGCCUCAGCCUCCCUCCCAUGGACAGGCUCGGGAUGAGACACUUGCCAAAUAGAAGAGGAUGAGUGAACCCAUCUAUGGAGAAUUAAGGCCUCAGCCAAUCAGGAGCUGGAACACUCGGAACCGGUCAAUCGACGCAUCGGGAAGUCAAGACUUUUUUUAAUACUUUAAAUAGAUCUUUGGAUAUGUGUCGAAAUAUAUUGCUCCUCUUUAAAACACCUCCUUUUGUAUGUUUUAGUAAAGAGAAAAAUAGUAUAGAUUAA